AUGUCCUCCAUACCGCGACGCAUUAUCCUUGUCGCGUCGUCCGUAUUCCUUCUCCUCUUCAUUGCAAUCUCGCUAGCGACCGCGAUCGAAGUACGCGGACCAACACUACAAGUCAUACAGGUCAAUCUCGCGCAAGCUGCAAGAGUCGGAAACGGAGACGACGUUGUCGCAGCAAAAGCGCUGUUGAACGGCACGGAUUUCGAUCGUGGUGAUGUGUAUAACAGCAGCAGCAUCGUAUCCGGCGCGACGCUAGUGCCCACAACAAUGACCGAAACUCAGGAUGGGUUGAUCGGCUUCACACCGGAACCACAAACAAGCGCCAGCUGGAGCGCUGAAGGUGUCUUGGGGCCCAUAGCUACGCCUACACCGUCCGCUGCGCCAGCGCCUCGACCGCCGACCACCCCGCGAAUACCGAUCGUUGCUCUCACAUACUCAGGUGCGGGCGGUCCUAAACAUUGUCGCGGCGAACUGCUACAGAAGACCUAUCUCCCGCCACCUCUCGAAACGUGGAAGAACGGUACUUGCAUCACCCUUCCGAGGGAAGCGCGAUGCGGCGUGUUCUAUUCGAACAAGGGCGACAACUGCGAGGCGCAACUGUUCAACAUGCCGGAUUGCUACAACACAACGCGAUCGUAUGUGAACACUGUCGUUUUUAUGCCCGAAGAGAGAGCCGUUGGCGCACUUUGGAGCAGCAUGUGGGUGCGAUGCGGUAUUGACGUGCCAGAGGCCAAGAUGCUUGAUCCGAGUAUUCUUGGUGGAGCGCUGAAGAAGAAACCUGGCGGUGGCUGA